AUAGUUCUUUUUAUCAAAAAACGAUACAAUUUCAAUUACACUAUCUAUGAAGCUUUUAAAAGUUAUUGUUAAAAACAAUUAUUCUGUAAUUCACUGUGAAACUAACGUUAACUUGUCCUAGUUGUGUCAAGAGGAUGUUUUGUCGAGACGGGCGGAUGGAUACAGUAAUCUGAAAAGAGGAACCACCGCCGCUGCCGUGAAGUAAAGUAGCUUUCGCGACGCAUGGUUUCGCUGUUUUGUUUUUACCGUAACUUUCAAAUGAUAUUAACUUUAUAAGAAGCAUUUAUUUGAACUGCAGCCUCGUGUGUACGUGUAUGGAUUUGUUAAAGCUGACGUGUCGUUGAAAUAAUCCAGCGUUGCCAGAAUGCCACUACAUGGAAAGAUAGUCGUGAUUAAGCGGACCGGAGGAGAUGGGACCGAAUUACCUCUGACUGCAUCGUGCUUGUUUGGAAGGAAUGCUGACUGUGACGUUCGUAUUCAGCUUCCCCAAGUCUCGAAGGAGCACUGCAGAAUUGACUUGAAUGAAAAUAAAGAGGUAAUUUUAACAAAUUUGAGCUCGGUGAACCCGACCCUUAUCAACGGAGAGCAGCUACAACAGUCUGAGCGGUUGAAGGAUGGGGAUGUCAUAACCAUUGUUGAUCGUUCUUUCAGGUUUCAGUCCCCUCCGGCACCCACACCGAAGAAAUUUGCCAAAGGAAGCAAAGCUGGAACCCCCAACUCUCAUCUAAAAAAUGGAAACAACCACAACAUCCAACGAGCACUGGAGCAGGCUAAAGGGGAAGACCCCAAGGGGGAUGGUGAUGCGCAACAAAGCAAGCCGGUGUCUCCGUUUAGUGAUCUCUAUCAAAUGAUAAGAAAAUCUCUGGAUGUUAAGACCCCCCGUCAAUCUUUGGGCACCCACAUCCAGUCGCAGAGGAAAAGAAAUGUUUCCGCAAAUCAAAGCACAUCGGAUGUGGCCGAGGCCAAAGUCUCUGAUGGUGAAACCAACCUGUCAGAGAAGAAGCGUAAGAAUUCCUCACAGGUUCUUUCUUGCGAUGUGGUGACACCAGGUAAAGAUGCACAAAAUGUCAAAUCUGAAGUGCGCACGCCGCAGAAAAGGCAGCGUGUCAAUCCUCAGAAGUCUGGUGCCGGAGAUGCUGUUGAGAAAAUGUGUACUCCAGCACCCAAGUCGCCAUUGAGAUGCAGGAGUCAGGAGGCCACACCAGCCAAGGAACACGUGAAAGAAAUGCCUAGCCUACAAAAUACAAACUCGCCAAGAGCCACCGGGAAAGGGGUGCCAAGAAAACGCAAAAGCGCAGAGCUUGUGCUUAAUUCACCGGCCCCACAGAUGAAGAAGAGACGCGUUUCCUUUGGAGGCUACCUGGUUCCUGAGUUGUUUGACAAAAAAUUGCCGCCUGAUUCACCACUACGAAAAGGCGAGAAUCCAAGGAGAAGUCUCUGUCUCGGAAAACCCAAACCGUCAGUGCUGAGGCGAGCAUCGGUCAUUGGUCUACCAAAGAAGGCUCAAAGUCCUGCAAAGAGCAGCCCCGAAUCUCCCAAAAUCUCUGUCAAGAAAUCUCCAAAGCAAAGGUCCCCAUCCCCCAAAGAUUCUUCCCCGCAAAAGAAGACGCCAAAACCCAAGACACCCUCUCCCCAGAGGAAGUUCCCAAAAUCUACACCGGCCUCCCCGAGAGAGAACUCUCCUGGGAAGAAGUCACUAAAACCCAACACACCGUCCGCCAAGGCUUCAUUUUCAGGAGAGAAAUCGGCCAAGUCAAAGUCUUUUCCCCUUGCGGCUUCAGAAAAGACACCAAGAACACCUUCACCCAAGUCACCAAAAUCUACACAGGCCUCACCCAAAUGGGCGUCUCCUGCUCUUAGGUCACCAAAACCCAACAUACCGUCCGCCGAGUCCUCGCUGUCAGGAGAGAAAUCGACAAAAUCACGGUCGUCUUCGUCUUCCGAGAAGACUUCAAAGUUCAGCACACCGAGAACAUCUUCCUCCGGUAACAAAUUGGAAACUCCUUUGACCAAAGGCCCGACUUCCGAUGAAAUGCCCGUACGUACAAAGAGGGCAAGCCCCAGACGUACCCCCCCAAAAACUGUCAACCAACUGCCAGUGAAAACACCGCAGGGCUCCCAAAUGAAGAUUUCGUCGGCCCAGGGACGUUUUUCUGUGUCUCGCGUCGAAACCCCGUCACCCACUGCAGACGAUGCUGUCACUGAGCCGGUGCCAUCAGUCACGGUGACACCCAAAAUGCCUCUGAGGAGGAAGAGCACUUCGCGCAAGACUCCCUCGACCAAGAGUGCCAUCAAAAUGCUCCGAAGAAGCGGCAUUUCACGAGCCUGCCUGAAAGCCACGUGCUCUUGGGCCGACACCGUCAGGUUCGGGCAGGCUAAAGUCCGCGCGGCUCACCCCAUUCUGAGAACAGUCAAACAUACUGCCCUCAUCGCAAAGGUAUCAAAGAAGCUGGCGUCCAGAGCACAGACGCCCGUAAGAAAGCAGCUGGGCCACGCAAGCACCGGCCAUGCGGCGUCACCCGUUACCAUUGUUGUGGGCCGAGCUUCCAAGCGCCAAGUUACGCACCCGGUUGGUGCGCCGCCAAAAGUCAUCUUCAAUACGGCGAUCUCAAAGAAGAACAUGAACAUGGAUGAUGAUUUGUCUGGCAUCUCUGAAAUGUUCAAAACGCCUUCGAAAGAGGGGAAGAGGGGAUCGGAACACCGCCGCGGCAGCUCCGCCAAGACUCCAUUGGUAGUGAAUGAACCAUCUGUCGUCGAUCCUUCUGUGUUGAACACUCCCGAGGAGCCAGGUGAAAUGGCCGUGUCUCCGCUCUCUCUCGCAUCUGCGGUGAAAGCGAGCCGAUAUAACAAAGAGGCAGUGAAACGCCUUCUCUGCGGCAGUCGGGACUCCAGCUUCGUCGCCGACAACUCUGCUCUGGAGAAGACGAGCGAGUCUGUUGAACAGCAGUGCGCAGAAAUGAUGGCGAGUGCCGCAACAACUCCUGAGCACAAGCCGCCGCUACAGGAGUGUCUCACCGGUGUGAAGAGACUCCUAAAGACCCCAAAACAGAAGACGGAACCUUUGGAGGAUAUGAGAGGAAGACUCCUGAAGACUCCCAGACAGAAGCCUGAACCGGUUGAGGAUCUGAGAGGGAAACUCCUGAAAACUCCCAAGCAGAAGUCUGAGCAAACAGAAUGCCUCACUGGAGUCAAAAGAAUUUUUACCACGCCAGAACAGAGUGAAGCCAUCGACGUAGCAGAGAAACUCUUCCAAACUCCCGGGGAUGCAGAAGUUGCCGGAGACCAUCUGGAGGCCCGACCACCAGCGGCUCAAGAAACUCGAGACCCACCGGAACCGACAAACUCGUCGACUCUAAAAGUGGCUAGCUCCCUGACGGACGGCCUCUCGGCUAUCAAGAGAGUCGUGAAAACACCUCGGCAAAGACACGCUCCCGUUGAGGACUUCCUCGGAAUUGAGUGGCUCAUGAGGACUCCCAAAGAGCGGGGUGAACCGGUGGAGGAGAACUUCGGCAUCAAGCAGCUCAUGAGGUCACCCAGAUUGAGGGGUAUAGCUCCCAUCGAGGACUUUGAGGGGCUUCAGGAGCUCAUGGAGGAGCCAUCUGAGUUUAAAGAUCAACCUGCCAGUACCGACUUGGAUGUCGCAAAAGCAGGGGCAACUGAGGUUUUCGUAGAUGUUCCAAGUGUUGCUUGUUGUGAAUCGUCAGGAUCUACGCAAGCGGUUUCUCAGGCUGCGAUAGAAGAUAUACCCGGAGUGACGGAAACGGACACGUCCUAUUCCAAAAAAUCGGUCCGAGGCCGAAGGGUCAAAGCAGCCGAUCUGGUGACAGAGGAAUCAUCUCUAUAUCCUGUUGUCUCUGCUCCUGUCAGAGGAAGACGGGGCAAGAAAGUAGAGCCUGCAGAAGAAGCUCAAGCUGCCCCGAAGCCUAAAAGAGGAAGAUACGCGAAAAAGGUUGAGACAGUCGGAGAGCCUCCCGCUGAAACUUUACCGCAGCCUGAGAGUGAGCCUGCAGUGACUGACAGUGUUACAUCUUUAGAAGAAGAGGCUGUGAAGCCAAGAAGAGGAAGAUAUGCCAAGAAGGCUCUGAAACAAACCGAAAUCGUUCCACAACCUGCCGCUGAAACUUUGCCGGAGCCCGAGAGUGAGCCUGUCGUGGCCGACAGUGUUGCAUCUUUGGAAGAAGAGGCUGUGAAGCCAAGAAGAGGAAGAUAUGCCAAAAAGGCUCAGAAGCAAACUGAAAUGGUUCCACAACCUGCCGCUGCAACUUUGCCGGAGCCCGAGAGUGAGCCUGCAGUGACUGACAGUGUUGCAUCUUUGGAGGAAGAAGCUGUGAAGACAAGAAGAGGAGGAAGAUAUGCCAAAAAGGCCUUGGAACAAACCCCACCAGUCCCACCGCCUGCAAUGGAAACUUUGCCGGAGCCUGAGAGUGAGCCUGCAGUGACUGACAGUGUUGCACCUUUGGAAGAAAAGGCUGUGAGGCCAAGAGGAGGAAGAUAUGCCAAAAGGGCUCUGAAACAAACUGAAACGGUGCCACAACCUGCCGCUGCAACUUUCCCGGAGCCCGAGAGUGAGCCUGUCGUGGCCGACAGUGUUGCAUCUUUGAAAGAAAAGGUCGUAAAGCCCCAAAAAGGAAGAAACCCCAAACAGCCAUCUUCUCGGUCCAAAAAAGCACAACACCCUUCCCGCAGCGAUGACAUUUGCCAACAAGACAUCGCACAAGUUAUGUCUUGCAAGGGCAGGAACACCAAACGCGCACCUGAGCCAGAAAAGGCACUUGCCGUGGAACAAGUCCAGCCACCGGCACCCACCGAUAAAAGGGGCAGUCGCAGAAAAGUCAUCUCUGAGACAGCCGAGCCGCAGGAACUUGAAAAAGUCACCUCUGAAGAAACUAAGUAUCAGUCCAAGCCUCUCGCCAGAGCAACGAGAGGCCAGAAUGCCAAACGCAAAAAAGAGCAAGAGAAUAGUGACGAGGCUUCCAUAGCGGCACUCCAGCAGCCGACAAAAACAUCCAGUAACAAAAAGGGUGAUGUCGAAAAUCUUGUCCCAGUUGAAGCAGAAGGACCACCAGAGCAGAUGAGUGAACCCACUUCUGGCCUUGCAAAAACAAGACGAGGAGUGGUACGAAAACAAAAGCAAGCAGCAGUUGCGCCUGAUUCCACAGAGACCCAAGAUGGUGCAAUUGAGACGGCAACGGUAAAACCCCAACGAAGAGGGAGAGCAAAACAAGUUGAAGAUGUUCCCACCGCACAGGUACCAGAGGAAAAAUCGGAACUAAAACAGAAGCCGCAGAGGGGAAGAGGUUUGAAAGAUGACAUAAAACAAGUCGAUGCAGCCAAGAGAGCGCGACGAGAGCCAACCUCCUCCUGUGAGGAGGCUCAAAAAGGUUCAGUGGCGGUUCCGGAGUCGGCUGCAACUUCAGCAGAACCAGUCAAAAGGGGAAAACGGCCACUCGCCAAAUCGGAUCUGUCUGAAUCGAACAAAAAACAGUCAAAUGCCAGCAGCCAUUCAAACGCCACAACUCAAGAACCACAAAACCGCUCCAGAACAGUGAAGUGGAGCCAGCAUGUCGAAGUCCGCGAAAUCCCCAAAAGAACCCCGAGAGCGGUUCGAGGCAAGCGGUCAAAGAUUGCUGAUCAAAUGGAGACUCAAAGCCAGAGUGAGUCGGAGAAUGUGGAGGAGGACCUCUCAGAAAAGGCAGCAGAGCCUCAGCCCGCCAAGAGAGCCCGGCGAGGGGCAAAGGAAGCAGAGUUCACCACAAAAGUCGACACCGGGAAAGUUGAAGAUGCGAAGACUGCGCCCAAAAUCAGAAGAGGGCGGUCAGCUAAGAAAUGUUAACACCUCUGCAUAUAUCCAUUGAUCAGAACAUGUUUUUAUUUUAGUUUUUGGCAUAUAUCCAUUGAUCAAAACAUGUUUUUAUUUUAGUUUUUUCUACAAGUUGUUUAAUUGCCGUUCUUAAAUGUAUUUUCGCCUCUAUGCAGAUGAAAAAUUAAGCACUGUGUGUUCUGCCUUUUUCUAUUUUAUUUUUGACAGCAGGGAAUUUUAUAAACUUACGUUUUCAAUGAUUUUCAUUCAUUACAUGUCUUGCAGCUGUGUUGUUAGUUUAAAAAAAAUUGUAUUAAUGGCAGCAAUUCUGUUUUUUCUUUUUCUGCACAGUAUGUGGGUGCGCUAGUGUUGACUGGUUACCGUCAAUAAAUGUAUUUGUGUUCUGAGAUUA